UGUAUCUUUAAACGAAUUUAUCAGAAAUGUGGCGGACUUCAGAGGGACGAAGGCGAUGUGUCAUGAAGGCGGUUGCGGUGCGUGUGUAGUCGCAGUAAGGGCGCCCUUACCACCGAACAACGAAGUCAAAUUGUUCUCAGUUAAUUCUUGCCUUGUAUCUGUAUUGUCCUGCCAUGGUUGGGAGGUGACAACAGUGGAAGGCAUCGGAAACAGGACCAUGGGUUAUCAUGACAUCCAAGCUCGGUUGGCCAGGUUUAACGGCACUCAAUGUGGGUACUGCACUCCUGGAUGGAUUAUGAAUAUGUAUAGUCUCUACGAAUCAAAAAACAAAAAUUUAUCAAUGAAAGAGAUAGAAAACUCUUUUGCCAGUAACAUCUGCAGAUGUACAGGAUACAGAUCAAUCGCUGAUGCAUUUAAGAGUUUCGCCACAGACGUCGAUGAUAGACUUAAGAAUAAACUCAUUGACCUUGAAGACUUAGAUUUUGUUAAACCGUGUGGAGUAAAUUGUAAAACAAAUUGUCAACAUAAAUGUGACAAAAAGGAUUCAAAACAUAAAAGCGAGGAAGCAGAAGAUUGGUUUGUAGUUGAUGACGCAAGCGAAAUUGUUAUUGAUUGUGGAUCGACGAAAUUUUACAAGGUUUACAAUUUAAAUGAUGUUUUCAAAGCAAUGGAACGUAAUGGAGAAUAUAGAUUGAUCGCUGGCAAUACUGGACAAGGGGUAUACCACGUUUCAAACUACCCACCGACAGUGAUAGACAUAUUCAACGUCGCGGUCUUAAAAGGGCACUCUAUGGAUGUCAAUUUAAUCCUCGGAGCUGGAAUGCCGUUAACGGAAAUGAUGGAACUGUUUUUGAAGAUAUCUGGUGAAAAUGAGGAUUUUUCAUACUUGAAACAGUUUUAUGAUCAUAUGGAUCUCGUUGCUCAUAUACCAGUGAGAAAUAUCGGCACUAUUGGAGGAAAUUUAUUCAUGAAACAUACAAACAAUGACUUCCAAUCCGAUCUAUUCUUACUAUUUGAAACUGUUGGAGCUACACUUACAAUAGCUGAAGCACCUAUUAAGAAGCGAACGGUGUCUCUACCAGAUUUCCUGAAGUUGGAUAUGAAUCGAAAGUUAAUCAUGAACGUUAUGCUGCCACCACUAUCACGUUUUUGCUCUAUCAAAACUUUCAAGAUAAUGCCGCGAUCCCAAAAUGCUCACGCGGUUGUGAAUGCCGGAUUUCUAUUCCACUUUAAGCAAAAUUCAAACAUAUUGGAAAAAGCUUUUAUAGUCUAUGGAAGUAUAUCACCCAAGUUCAUUCAUGCUGAAAAAACAGAGGCCAUGCUUGCUGGGAAGGAUCCUUACACUGAUGAAACGCUGCAAAUGGUUUUAAAGAGCUUAGCUGACGAGUUGACGGCUGAGGAAGCUCCUCCCGAACCUUCUGCUAGUUACAGAAAGAUGCUUGCUUUAGCACUGUAUUAUAAGGCUAUCCUUAGCUUAUGCCCAGAUGAUAGAUUGAAUCCAAAAUAUCGUUCAGGCGCUGAAGCCAUAAAGCGUCAUACGUCAAAAGGGAACCAGGUAUUCGAUACAGAUAAGAGUGUAUGGCCUUUGAAUCAGCCUGUACCAAAACUUGAAGCAUUACAGCAAUGUAGUGGAGAAGCAACGUUUGCCAAUGAUCUCACUACACAACCUGACGAAGUGUUUGCCGCUUUUGUCACAGCAGACGCUAGACCAGGCAGUGUCAUAAGUGGUUUUGAUGCUAAUGACGCUCUUAAACUGUCAGGAGUAAUAGCAUUUUACUCUGCAAAAGAUAUUCCUGGAGAUAAUUCAUUCACGCCAACAAAUAUUUCACUUGUAACUAAUAAUGAAGAAAUACUAUGCUCACAAAAGGUACUUUUCUACGGACAACCCGUAGGAAUAAUUGUAGCUGUAAGAGAGAAGAUAGCCAAUAAAGCUGCAAAAAUGGUCAAAGUAUUAUAUUCGUCGGAAAGUAAAGACAAACCCAUAUUAACUGCAAGUGAUGUUCUAAAAUCACCUCAAAAAGACCAAAGGUUAGUAAACAAUAAAACAAGGGAACCUACAGAAACUGGAAAAGAUGUUAACUGUGUCAUAUAUGGAGAUAUAACUUUUGAAAGUCAGUAUCAUUAUACAAUGGAACCGCAGACUUGUGUUGUGAAACCUACCGAAGAUGGAAUGGAAGUUUAUUCGGCGUCACAGUGGCUUGACUUGCCUAAUGUUGCUAUAGCUCAGUGUCUGAAGAUUUCUGCCAACAAAGUAAACGUAAUAGUUCGUCGUGUCGGUGGAGCCUACGGCAGUAAAAUAUCUCGGCAGUGUCAAAUAGCGUGUGCUGCUGCUCUUGUUUCACAUUUACAAGGGAAAACAUGCAGAUUCGUAAUGUCCAUAGAAGAUAAUAUGAGAGUCGUGGGGAAGAGAGUGCCUACUUAUUGUAAUUUUGAGAUUGGUGUCAAUAAGGAGGGGGAAAUUCAAUAUCUAAAGAACAGAUAUUACCAAGACAAUGGCUGUUCAUCUAAUGAGACGAUUUCCCCGAUAACAUUGAAUCAUUUCUUGAGUUGCUAUGAUACCAAACGAUGGUACAUUGAAGCUAACAGUGUGGCCACUGACACACCUUCUAACACUUGGUGUAGAGCUCCUGCGUCUACUGAAGGUGUAGCAAUGAUAGAAUACAUGAUGGAAAGAAUAGCAUACAAUCUUGGCAAAGAUCCACUGCAAGUCAGAAUGCUCAACUACGCAAAAGGAGACAACACGAUACCUGAAUUAAUUGAUCAACUUAAGAAAGAUGCCAACUACGACGAACGUGUGAAAGAAAUUAAGAAGUUCAAUGACGGUAACCGAUGGAGGAAAAGAGCCUUGAAAGUUAUGCCCAUGACAUACGAAAUAUUUUACCUUAGCCCUUACAAUUCUGUAGUUUCAAUCUUGCAUAGCGACGGAUCUGUAAUUUUAACCCACGGAGGUAUUGAAAUGGGUCAAGGAAUUAAUACAAAAGUAGCUCAGGUGUGUGCUUAUACUCUUGGAAUUCCUUUAGAUAAAGUUAGCGUGAAACCCAGUACAAGUUUCACGUCACCUAACAAUACGGUCACUGGUGGAAGUAUUGGUAGCGAAUGUGUUGCAUUUGCUACUAUCAAAGCUUGUGAGAUAUUAAUGGAAAGACUUAAACCUGUAAAGGCCAAAAUGAAUAAUCCGUCUUGGGAACAAUUGGUGCAGCAAGCAUUUUCAGAAAACAUAGACUUGCAAGCUUCUUAUUUGAAUUCCUUUAAGGACAACUUGAAACCUUACGAUAUUUAUGGGAUUGUUGCCUUGGAAGUUGAAGUGGACAUUUUGACUGGUAAUCAGGACGUCAUAAGAGUAGAUCUGCUCGAAGACAUUGGAAGGAGUUUAAGUCCUGAAAUAGACAUUGGUCAAAUCGAAGGAUCAUUCGUCAUGGGUCUUGGUUACUGGACAUCCGAGAAAUUAAUGUACGAUAUAGACACGGGAAAGCUUCUGACCGAUCGAACAUGGACGUACAAACCUCCAGGCAUUAAAGAUAUACCCGCAGACUUUAGGGUGUACUUUAGACGGAAUUCCAGCAACCCCUAUGGAGUACUGCAGUCUAAAGCCACUGGGGAGCCAGCGUUCUGCCUAGCCGUCGUGGUGACCCACGCUAUAAGAGAAGCCGUACGUGCUGCACGCCUCGAUGCUGGCUACCCAGACCAGUGGGUUGAAAUACCGAACCCGUGUACAGUGGAGAACAUUUUCACGGCGGUCGGACAUAAACUGGAACAUUUUAAAUUGAAGUAAUUCCUCUGAAAUCUC